AUGCCUGCAAUCAAGUCCCAAAUAACGGGCUCUGGAGAAGCCCCAAAGCAAUUUAAUCAACCAUCGAGAAAGGGGAAGAAGGCAUGGCGUAAAAACAUUGAUGUCACAGCUGUCGAACAUGGCCUGGAAGAGUUGAAUGAAGAGAUCAUACGGGGUGGCGUUAUUUGCGAGAAAAGCUCCUCGGAACUCUUCGCUAUUGACUUGGAAGGCGACUCGAAAAUCUCCAAAAAAUUCCCUAAACUCAUAAAAAAGGGUCUUAAAGCAGAUGAGAUACUUGCCCAGCGGUCGUCGAUACCACCUCUUUCUUUGCGUAAGCGACCUGGAAAAAAAACGGGCGAUGGGAUCCUCACCGUCAAGCGACAAAGAACCGAUUGGGUUCCUCACAAGGAACUGCAGCACCUGAGACGGGUCGCGGACGGCCACCAUAGCAUCGCUGUUCAGGCGGUAGAUGCAACAUAUGACGUGUGGGGAGCGAGACCGACAACAAUAAAUGAGGCUGUUCAUGAUUUGUUGCCGACUUCCGAACCUGUCAAGCAACCCAAGUCUCUGAAUCAAAGACCUAUCUCUUUGGCUAUUGGCGGUAAGGUGAUCGCAGCAGUGCAGAAGCCGACCGGAGGGUAUAGCUACAAUCCCCUGUUCACGGAUUACGAAGCUCGGCUGUCAGAAGAGAGCGCCAAGGCAUUGGAUGCUGAGCAAAAAAGAGUCGAUGCCGAACGGAUAGAGAAACAAAGACAGGAAGCGGCAGCCCGUUCCGCUGCCGAAGCUGAGGCAGCUGAGGAACGUGCAAACAUGUCCGAAUGGGAGGAAGACUCGGAGUGGGAAGGAUUCCAAAGCGGUGUUGAGGACGAGAGGCCGGGCACCAAGCGACCCCAACGCAAGACCCCAGCCCAGAGGAAUCGCAUCAAACGUCGGAAAGAGGAAGAAAGACUUGCCAAGCACAAGGCUGCAAUGAAACAGAAAAGGGCUCAAGAACAGCGGAUUCAAGAGAUUGCAACCGAAAUUCAAGCCCGAGAGCAGAGCAAGGCUCUCAUACCAGUAAAGGAUUCUGAUGCCGACAACGAGGCUAACGACGAGAAACUCAGGAGACGGCAGCUUGGGAAGUACAAGUUACCGGAGAAGGACCUUGAGCUAGUCUUGCCGGAUGAGUUGGAGGAGUCUUUACGACGGUUGAAACCCGAAGGGAAUCUAUUGAGGGAUAGAUAUCGAAGCGUGCUCGUUCGUGGAAAGGUCGAGAGCAGGAGACACAUUCCAUUCAAGAAACAAGCCAAGAGGAAGGCCACAGAAAAAUGGACCCAUAAAGAUUUUGUCCUGUAA